UUUCCCCAAAUCUUUUUCCGGGAAAAUCCAUGCAUUCUAGGCCAUGAAACUCUUAACUCAAAACCGAUAAGAAAAUAACCCCCCCCCCCCCAACCCAAAAAAAAUUUCUACGGUUCUGAAAUAUGUGCAGCUGUUUGAGCUUCCAAAUCCCCAAGGCUUUGCCUUCCAUUUAUGUUUCUCCAUCUCAAUGCAGCACCAAAUUCCCUUUCUUCAACCUUACAUCUCAACACAAACCAACCAACUAUACCAAACUUUACAAGAAACCCAAUGUUACAAACAUCAAAUUAAAACCAAAUAAUUAUUUGGAUGCAAAGAAGACCAGCUUGGCUGUUCCAACUGCUGCCCUUCUUUCCACUUUUGAGCUGCCGGCAUUAGCUGUUACAGGGGUAAACAAUGAGCCAGAUCUCAUCACUGUGAUAAUUCAACUAGGAAUUAUUGCUUUUGGGUACUUCCUCAUCGUGCCACCAAUCAUCAUGAACUGGCUUAGGAUAAGAUGGUAUAGAAGAAAUCUGUUGGAGAUGUACUUGCAAUUCAUGUGUGUGUUCUUGUUCUUUCCGGGGCUACUGCUCUGGGCUCCAUUUUUGAACUUCAGGAAAUUCCCAAGGGAUAAAUCCUUGAAGUAUCCAUGGGACACACCUAAAGAUCCUUCACAAGUUAAAAAUGCAUAUCUCAAGUACCCUUUUGCCAAGCCUGAAGAUUACGAUUGGUAAUUUCCUCUAAUUGAUCACAUGGUUGCUUCUUGUUCUUUGCUUGUAUCUUAAUUCAACUAUCCACCAUGCAGAUUCGACCUCAAAUUAUUUGAAUAUAUACAAAGAUUUCCCA